AUCAAAGUGAACGGACAAUAUUUUUCCUUUUUUAUAAAAUUUCGUAAUUUGAGCUUUAAUGACUUUGCGCGCGAAAAUUAGUGAGAACAUCAUGAAUUGCUGACGUCAUUAUAGUACGCAUUUACAUCAUCAGUCAAAGCAGAAGAUUUUAACGAAAUGCCGAAGAGAAAAACACAGAGCAGCGAGAGCCAACCCUAUCAACCUCGGAAACGAGCAGGGAAGCAACCGCCUCUCCUAGAGCCUCCUUCAGCCCCUUCGACUACUGAUUAUCCUGAAGUUCAGAUGAAUCUGGCACCUGAACUGCCCCAGUCCAUCCCUGGUCCUUCUUACACACUUGGUGCACAGGAAACUCCCCCUGUGGAGCCGCUACCUCCUCACCAACUGCAAGACUUGGCGGAGCGGAUAUCCACCAUCUUAAAAGACAGAGGGAGUCCUCAGUCGCAGGAAGAAGGUACAUCUCAGUCUGGUUCUGAACUUUCGAAUGCACGUGUAGCCAGUUACGAUAAUGAACUGGGACAUAAUGUACCCAACAAUGUCAAAAUUAAAAUUGCUAAUGGGGAAUAUGUUAAUUUGGCAUCUUUGAUUAACAAUAGAACCGAAACUGACCCAAAUGAUGAUACAAAGUAUUUCUCACUUCAAAAUGGCAGCUUGGCUCUAUCUGCUAAAUCCAAAUUAAGACCCAUCACUGAUAUUCAGGUCUGGACGGAUGCUUUCCUUGUUUAUGCAUCUAUCUUUGCUUUGGCUCAUCCCACAGAAACUUCAGGCCUGUUUAAAAAUAUUCACACAAUACGGCUUGGGGCAAAUCGGGUCAAUGGUUUGGGGUGGCGCGAUUAUGACAUCCAAUUCAGACUUAAGAAAGAGUGCAAUCCUUCAAUGGCAUUUGCUAUAGUGGAUCAGGAGCUAUGGCUGCUUUACAUGUACAACAGCGCACCUUCCCCACAACAUUUGGUAAACCAACCCCAGCCUCUGAAAUGCUAUAAUUUUAAUUACAGGGGCGCAUGUUCAAGGCAAAACUGUCUUUAUAGCCAUUUGUGUAUAUUAUGCUCACAGCCCCACCCAUACACAAUGUGUAGAAACACUACUCGAAAUUCCUUGAAUUUUAGAUCUGGAAACUUCCAAUCAACCUGGCGUCCUCAGUCAACAGUUAAACCAGCCACAAACAGUAACAGAAUCCCCCUUCCCUUGCAUGCUAGACGUCAGUAAUGUUGCUUGCACUCCCAUUAAAG